CCACCUGAGAAGCCUUCUGAAGAGAAUUCUGUAGAGUCUGAAGGUGUGGAUGCAACUACCACUGCUGAAAAGUCUGAAUCCCCUGAGCCAGUUGAAAACGCUGCACCACUACCACUACUUGACGAAACUGUGCCUGAAAAGAUUGAAGAGGACGAGACAAGUAGUAAAAGUGUUGAAAAAAUGGAUGACGGUAAAACAGCAGUUGAAAAGCCUGAAAACGAAGCAGAAGAGAAGGUUGAAAAGAUGGACGUCGAUGUCCCAACAGAAAAGAUGAAAGAGGAAGAAGAAGAAGCUAAAGAAACGAAAACGGAAGUGAAAAUGGAGGUCACCACCACCGCCACGGAGGUGGAGCCUGAGGAGCCAGCAGCCUACAUCAGCACCAGACGAACUACGCGGUCCAAGUCUAGGCAGUCAUCUUCCUCCUCUUCCUCUGCCCCCAAAGUAUCCUCUGCUAGCGAAUCGACGACGCUGGACCUGUCAAAGAGCGCCCUGACGAAUGGCGUCAAAGAGGAGGAACAGUCGUCGCCAACAAACGGAGCAUCAUCAACAACAUCAUCAUCCCGCAACCUGCGAUCAUCGUCAUCAUCAUUAGAGGCGGCAAAAAAGCGCGACAUCUCCGAGUGCUCAGUUGAGGACCUGUCGUUGCCAGCGCGGAAGCGGCGCAGUACCUCUUCCAAUGUUUCAGAAAACGGCAGCAGAGCAGCUACUCAGAAGGUGGCCAAUGGGACGAUUGCCGAAGAAGACGGCGAGGAGGAUGAGGACGAGGAGCUCAAGUCUGAGCUAGAUGAGGGAGAAGGAGAUCUGGUGAUGCCGCCGACGCCCCCCGAAGAGGAGGCGGUGGACGAUGAGGAGCGCAUUGCCAAGCUGAAACUGAUUGCCCGCCUCCGCCAGGAGCUGCUCAAUGAGGACGCGAAGCUGGUACUGCUGAAGCGGAUGCGCCAGUCGCAGCUGCUCCAGCAACAGCAACAACAGCAGCAGCAGCAACAGUCAGCCAAGGAGGCGGCAGCGGCGGCCCACAACAACAUAUCAUCAUCAUCACAUCCGAGCAACAGUCUGCUCAGUCAGCCCGGCGACAAGUCCACCCCUUCAGCGGCCGCCACAGCCGCCGCUGUCGCUUCCUCUCUUCUUUCCUCUGCGCUGCCCUCCUCCCUGGCCGGUCUCAAUCUGAGCAACAACAAUCUGCGGGACCUGAACGCUCUGGCANAACAUCAUCAUCCCGCAACCUGCGAUCAUCGUCAUCAUCAUUAG